AUGUCGUCCGACCGCAACACCAACAGCAAUAACAGUCGCCCGCUGAAGCCCACCCUUGCGUCGACGAGAACUGCUGCUCCGCGAACCCCGCUCACGCCGCGCAUCGCUGGGACGACAACUGGGUCUGCGACUGCGACUUCGACCACAGCAUCACGCCCAACACCACGCCUUCCGAACAGAGGUGCAGGUUACCCCCAAGGAACACCCGUCAAGGAUGCAGCGGGCGGAAAUGUCACGCCGCGCUCGUCGGCAAGAAAGUCGAGAGUGGGAGGUGCGUCGCCGGCACAGGAUGAGUAUGGAAAGGAAGCAUUGCCUGUAGGAGGCAGGCCAUUGGCGGAGGGGCAAGGACGGGGCAGUGGUGUGAGUAGCCUGAGUCUGCCACUGGCACGGACAAGCAGACCGAACAGCGUCGUCAACGACAAUGGAGCUAGAGGAUUGCCCUCACCUUUGGUAAUGCGAUCGCCUGCUUUCGCGGAUUCGACCGAAAGCAUCGAGAGCCGCUUCUUCCAUGCCAGUGAAGCAGCGAAGCAAGAAUCCAUGCCCAAAAAGCCAGAACUCAGAAAGACACCGACUUUCUUCUACGCUGAUGGGCAGGAGGAUAAGUCGGGUAAACCCAUAUCGCCUGUUCUCUCGGCUGUUAACGAUCAACGCCCAGGACCGUUCAUCAAACCAGAAGCAUAUCAGAGCAUUCCUAAAAGUCCGCUUGUCCCUUCGCCGGCUCUUUCCAACGUGAGCACGUCUUGCUUUCCGCCCACAUUGUCCAAUCAAUUACGUUCUCCAUCUCCAAGUAAAGAGAACAUCCACUUGUCUUAUCGCAAAGGAGUCUCGCAAAUAUUCGGGACGCGGCCAGUGACCACCGCAUCGCCAGCUCCAUCAGAUUCACAGGUGGAGAGUACUGCUGAUGGAAACCGACGGCCCAGCUAUGGUGUCCAGCAUCGAAAGUCGACGAGUCUCUCGUCGAUCACCUCAACCUCAAAGGCCAGAAGAAGGUCCAACACGUCACUUGACGUGAAUCCGUCGCCCCUCCCUCAGGCUCCCGAGCAUACAGCCGCAAAGGUAACGAGCAAAACUGCGAGUUCUCAUAUUGAGCUGACAUCCAUCGAACCCUUGGCUUCUCCUGCAUUGAUUGGCUCGCCUUCAGAGCUGGCACUGAGUCCCACCAAAUCCGUUUCACAGCUUGCUGCCGAUGCGCGGAGGGAACGGAAGGUUCUAGAUUUGGAGAUUUCGAACAGCUCGCUUAUGGCCAUCAAUACUAGCCUUGAACGGGAGGUGAGAAGACAGAAGGCGGAAUUGAAACGAUUCAGACGAUUGUCUCGAGCUGGUCGUUUCUCCUUGGCGCCGAGCGAGCGCUCUCCUCGGCGUCAAUCGGAAGGUCUGAGUACUCUCAGCGAAGACGAUGAAGAUGCCGACUUAUCUGGGCUCCUUUCGAGUCUCGCUGAGGAUGAUGGGUCUGAUUCCGAAGAUGAGGACAGCCUGUUGAGCAGCAGUGAGCCGCUUUCACCUACUUCACAACACAGUAGACAGCAAGACCGUCUGGCGAAAGACGAAAAGCGACUCCAGGUGGAUCUUCAGCGUCACAAAGAACUGCUCGUGCAAAGCCAAGCGAUGAAUCAGAGCAUUAAGCGUUGCAUGUAUGCAACUGAAGAUAUGAUAUCCGAGGGGAAGAAAGCCCUCCAAUACCACGUCCGAGUGUCUGAUGUCAAACUUGGCGGUAGAAUCUUGACAGGAUUUGAAGCAGAAGAGGAGGAUGCAGACGACAUCGAGGUUGCCGAUGAGCUCGACUGGCACUCAGGUGACCGGGAUUCUGGAGUCGAAGUGGAAAGUAUCGACGCAGGUCGAUUUGCGGAAGCGACGAAUACCUCCGAACGUCCUGGCCGCCCACCAGAUGCUGUGUCUUAG